UCAUUCACCCCCGCGCGGCCUCCUCGCCUUCCUGUCUCUCCCCUUCUCCCCUCCCUUUCUGCUGCAGCUGGGUAGGGUUUAGCGGUGGCUGAGGGAGGUCUCGGUGGCAUGGCGCCGUCCAAGGGGGAGCGGCGGGGCGGCGACCCGGCCGAGGGGGAGGACGAGGAUUCGGCCAGCGUCGGCCGCUGCGCCAGAUCCGGCGGCAUCUGCCCGACCCGGCGCCACGCGGAUGACGAGGCCAGGUCAGCCGCUCGUACACCUGCGGCGAGGGCGCCGGGCGAGGGCGGGAGCCGGACGCUUGAGAGGCGCGUCGUGCCGGGGGAGAUGCGCGGCAAGGGCGCGGCCGCCGAUGUCGUCCAGGAGGCGUUGCCGACGUGCGGGUGCCACAUCGAGCGCUACCGUCACCACGAUGCGGUUCCCCGUCGACGCCCUGUACGGGUCGACGACGGCGAGGGCACGUCCGCGGCCGGCGCCGAGGAGGCCGUGCGGACGUGCGGGAGCUACACCGACACCCCGCCCCGACGCCCUACACCGGUCAGCGCGUCGACGGCUCUCGGCAUCAAGGGCGGCCGCGGAGGGCGGGGCCUGAAGAACAAGCGCGACGAGAUGCCCGUGGAGGUGAGCCGCGGCGGAGUGCACUCGGACGGCUUCGAAGAGUCGGUCGCGCGGUGCGGCUUCCGAAACCCGAGCCUGGUGCGGCGGUGCGCCACGCCGCCACGGAGGGACUCGACGCGGUGCGCGCAGAUGGGGGCCUGCAUUCCGGUGGCAGUUGGACGGGGUCGCGGCCACAAGGACACCCACGACGACUACUACGGCACCUCGAGGCCACGGGCUGCGGAGCUCCAUGCCCCCACUGCAGAUCUGCGCGCAGAGAUGUAUGACACCGGGAGUAUCGAGGGGCCACCUGGAUCUUUCACUGUGAACAAUGUCCAAGUGUUUGCUGGCUAUGUCCUGCAUACCGGUUCAUUUCUGGAAGGGCCUGACUCCAAGACAUUGUCUGUUGGCGAUGAAGUGAAAUACAAGGAAGUAAUUGGUGACCGUAUUGACCAGAAAGGUCCCAUUGCUCUUCCAGAGAAGCUGAUAUUUGAUUUCUCCCAUGGGAAACCUGUCCAACCAGAAGAUUUGCAAAAAAUUGAGUCUAUAGUGAAGCAGCGAAUAGAGGCUGAGCUGGAGCUAUCUGCACAAGAAAUAAAAUUAGCCAAUCCGAAGAGCGUGAAUGGUCUUCGAGCUGUGUUUGGUGAAAUCUACCCUGAUCCUGUAAGAGUUGUAUCGAUUGGUCGCAAACUGGAAGAUGUGCUUGCCAACCCUGAAAGCAAAGAAUGGUUAUCUGAUAUCAAUGAAGCAAGUAAACUGGACGGAGCAACAUUGGAAAAGAAAAUUGGAUCGAUCAAUAAUACACUGGAUGCAGCUGCUAUCCCAGCUGCAAGAAAAGCUGAUCUAAAAGGCAAUGUCUCAAAGUUGGAGGAUCAACUAAGGGAGGCGAAGAAGAAAACGGGCAAAGAAAAUGUCCAAAAGGCUGCCAAGACUGACAUAGAUGCUGCAGAAGCUGCUGUUUCUAAAGAAAAACUCUUCUGUGUUACUCAUGCUGGUGUGCGUCUUGAUACCACUGCUGCCCGGGAAGCAGUUGUCAAACCCAUGGACCGUUUCAAGGAUGCAGACAAGAAACAACUUGGUACAAUCGGUGAGGAGGUGAAGCAGUUGGCUCAAAGAGCAAGGGAUAACAGAGAAGCAAACAACAGCUCUUCUACUAGUGCAAGCAUUAAAAAAUCCGCUAAAAACACUGUUCAGAUACUUGUGAAAUUUUGUGGAGCAACUAUUCCUGUUCAGGAGAACCUUGACAUAUUAAGUGCAAAUAUGCUAAUCGAUCAUGUUUGCCGGUGUGCGGGAGUUAGUCUCACUGAUCUCUAUUCGACCUUCUGUGGAAGAAUUCUGGAGCCGAAUAAAGUUUUGUCAUAUUAUCAACUCCAGAAGGAUUCUAUGGUUUAUAUUAAUCCUAGACUACGAGGUGGCAGUGCUGGUCGUAAAAACUGGGAUGAUGUAAUCAUUACUCUGAAUGUCUACCACGGUGUGGCUUUGCCAUGGGACCUACUUCUCCCCUGUCAGAGUCCAGCAAUGAAAGUGUGGUACCUGGAUCAUCCACUACAGGUUCGGUGUCAAAAGGUGCUUAUAUACCUUGGCAGAAAACAUUACGUUGGAAUUUGUUUCGGAGGCUUCACUUCCAAGCAAAUUUUCUUUGAUGCCGAUGGUAAUGCGCAUAUUGAUGCUGCUCCUCAAGAGUAUAGUCAAGAACUUGCCUUAUUGGAUUAUGGUGCAGUUUCUGGAAUAUUUGACGAUGCCUUAGAAGCUGGAAUUAACAAAUAUCCAACCUAUUUCUAUAAUCUUAUCAGUUUCCUGUCAAAUUGUCCUGCUGUUGAUUUUCGAAGUAAGGCUGUGAUUGCUUUUGUCACGAAUCACCCCUCGCUGUUAACAUAUUCUCGAAGAAUUCAGAUCACUGCAGUUCUCGAUAUGUUGCUUACAAGGCUCAGUAAAGAUGAUUCAGAGGCCUUGAUAAAUAUGCUUGAAAAUUUCUCUUGGGGGAGCAGGUUGGAUAAGGUUCCUGCAAUGUACCACACGUAUUACUUUCACUGGUGGUAUGCUAGAGAUGGGAGCAUAUGUACCCCUUAUAAGGAUAAUGGAGUCAGCUUGCUCAAAUUCUCUAACAACUUUUUCAAGCAUCACAAUGGCUUCUCUCUAGAAGAGCGGGAUGCAGCGUUUGCGUUGGCGACGAAGCAUAAAAACUAUCUAGCUCAGCUACUGUUUUCCAUUCUUAUAACAUUCAAAGACCCAAAUAAGCCAUGCCCUCCAUCUGUUCAGGCUUUUAUUGAUGAAGUGAUUGUAAUGCUAGGGGAUCACACGGUCGAUUGCGAGAUUGCCCAAACUUGAUUGCAAGCGCAAUGCCUGGGAAUGCGAGCUGGGUGACUGUUUAGCUAGAUGGCUUGUUAUGUGUUGUCAGAGCGGAAUGCAUGUCUAACACCGGCAGGAAAUUGCUGUUGUUGUAAGCCUUUGAGCCUUGUUCAACAUUAUAUAACUGAAGUUUGUAUUGUACCAUUUCGAACCAUGUUCAUGGUGGUAGGGCUUUAAUUUUGUGAGGUAGGGCUUAAUUUU